UGUCGCUUCUGCACGGUCCUCUCUACCAUCACAUUCCCAAAAUGGCGGCUGUACUGUGGACUGCCGCGGUGGCCGUCGCCGUUUCUGUGACGAUCUGGGCGAUUUUCGCCUUCGCUCGCUGGUGGAAACUCUGGAAGACCAUCAACAAGAUCCCCGGACCGCCUGCCUACCCACUGGUGGGGAACGCGCUGGAAUUCAAGCCAGGAGCAGUCGCGUUUUUCUCCCAGCUAACCAACUGGGCACAGGCCUACUUGCAUGACAAUGCUGCAAUGUUCCGACUGUGGAUCGGACCCCAAGCUACAAUAGGCUUACUGCAGGUCGAAACCUUACAGGUCCUCUUCAGUUCCUCCAAACACAUUGAGAAGUCGUUUGUGUACGACUUUCUGCACCCGUGGCUGGGUACUGGGCUUCUCACCAGUGCUGGAGACAAGUGGAAGACGCGUCGUCGUCUGAUCACCCCGACCUUCCACUUCAAGAUCCUGGGUGACUUUCUCCACGAGUUCAACGACCAAUCAGAGAUCAUGGUCCGGAAGCUGGAGGAAAUGGCGGGUACAGGGGAGGAGUUUGACGUGUUUCCCUUCAUCACUCUCUGUGCUCUGGAUAUCAUCUGUGGAACUGCCAUGGGACAGUCCCUGAAUGCCCAGGAGAACACAGACUCCGACUACGUCAGGGCCAUCUACAGGAUCAGUGAUCUAAUCCAGGUGCGUCAGAAGUCCCCCUGGUACUGGUCAGACCCCAUCUACAAGGGUUUCGGUCCCGGCCGUGAGUUUGAGGAAACUCUCCGGAUACUCCAUGACUUCACUCGCUCGGUCAUCAAAGAGCGCAGCGAGCAGUUCCAGAAGCAGCUGGAGAGCCAAUCACAGGAUGCCUUCGACAUCGUGGAGGAUCCGGACAAGCCCAUUGCCAUCGGGGGGAGGAAGCGUCUGGCGUUCCUGGACAUGCUUCUGUACGCGUCCGUGGGAGAGACGAAACUCAGCAAUGAGGACAUUCAGGAAGAAGUGGACACCUUCAUGUUUGAGGGCCAUGACACCACAGCUGCGGCUGCCAACUGGGCCAUCUUCCUGAUCGGUUCCCACCCUGAUGUGCAGAAGAGAGUGCAUGAGGAGAUGGAUCGAGUGAUGAGUGACCCUGACGAGAAGCCGACCAUGGACGACCUUCGUGAGAUGAAGUACCUGGAAUGUUGCAUCAAGGAAGCCUUGCGCCUGUACCCAUCCGUGCCAUUCUUUGCCAGAACCCUGUCAGAGGACUGUGUCAUCGGUGGAUAUGAGGUGCCCAAGGGAGUGACUGCCAUUGUUCCCACCUACAACGUGCACCGCGACCCCAACCACUGGCCCGACGCUGAGAAGUUUGACCCCGAGCGUUUCUUCCCAGAGAACUGCGCCGGACGCCACCCCUACGCCUACAUCCCCUUCUCUGCUGGCUCACGGAACUGCAUCGGUCAGAGGUUUGCUCUGAUGGAGGAGAAGGCCAUCCUGUCCUCCAUUUUUCGCCGGUUCCGCAUCGAGACCAUGCAGAACCGUGAGGACCUCAAGCCCCUGGGGGAGCUCAUCCUUCGUCCCGAGAGCGGGGUCAGGAUCAAGCUGUUCCGCAGGGAGUGAAGGGUUAAAGGACAAAGGUCAAGGCUCAAUGGAAAUGAUACUGUAGUAACGGAGGAUGGAAUGAGAGCGGCUAAGUCCCUGUCACACAGUGGAUGAGCUUUGGGUGGAAAUAUUUUGCUGAUUGCACAAAGAUUGCAUAGCUUUAAGAAUUGCCUGAAAGUCUACAACAU